AUGGCCUCGGCUAAAGUGGAUAAACUCAUCAAAUCGAUCAAUGGCUUGGAGACGACGCUGAAGCAGAAAGAACAGCACACACCACCGAAAAAAGCGGCCACAAACGACAAAGAGCGGCAAUUUUGUGCGGAAAUUCGCGAGAUUUUGGCGUCAUCCGAUGUGAGCAAUAUAAUAAAAAAUGAUAAAAGAUGUGAAAAUGAAUUCACCCGAGCCGUUGAACUCUUUUUCAACCUCGUCAAUCACACCGAUCAAUCGCUUCGGACACUGGCCGAGGAAACGCUUGAUGCGAUUUUUCGGGAGCAACUCCUCGCUUUUCAACACGCACGAGUGAUUGUCCGUUUGAUCACCGUUGUUGCAAAGAAUGGCCCAUCAAGAUCUCUUGUAGCAGCUUUAAAUCGACUCUGUUCAUUAAUCCAAUACAGUAAAGCAAAUCGAUUAACCUCUUACGGUGUUCAUAUUGUGAACGCAUUGACGAUGAUCUUGAAGAGGCCAGAAGAAACGGUACAAACCGCGUUGGAGAAGGGAAUACCAAAGAUUUUCGACGUUCUUGGACCAAGAAUCAGGGAACAACAUGUGGAUAAAGCAUAUGAUCUAUAUCGAGCAGCCGUCGAGAAUCUGGACCUCUCUGGAUCAGCAGGAAGAUCAGCCGUCACAAUAAUCACACAGAUUUGCCAAUAUUACACAGUUAUCCUAAGAAAGGUAAUGCUGCGUUGCCUUGCCACAAUUCGAAAUCCUGAUGAGAAUGAAGCUCGACAAAGAUUAGUUGGAUCGUUGAAUGUGGUGAAGAGUGUUUGGAAGUUGGCUGUCGGUGUCGAAACGGCUGACACUUUGAAAGGGGCUCUCUGUGAAAUCAUGUCUUCUCCUUUAUCCGAUAUGCAAUUUUACCCACCGACUUUUACCAAUAAUAUUCUCGAGAGAGGAGCGCUUGGCUCAGAGAAAGGAAAUCAAGAUGAGAGUUACAAUGAAGGUUCAUCAAUGGCCUCACUUGUUUCCUCACCAAUCGGAUCGACUCUCGAUUUGAGCGUAGCUGAUUCAAUCGAACCGAUGAAUGCCGAAUAUAUGGAACCCCUAGAAAUCCCAGAUCAAGAAUCAACCGGCACAUUGAGCGAUGAUGGCACAGAGCAAGGCGAAAUCAUCGACCCAUUGCUUCAUUCGGAUUUGUAUGAAGAACAACGACAAGAAGAAGAAGAAGCAAAGAAACAUGAGCUCUCACAGCAAGUUCAAUCACCACAAACACCGCGAAAAGUAGAGGGAAUCCCAAAGAAGUUGCCUGAAGGAUUUUAUUCCGAAUCCGUCAACUGCUUUAUCUACUCAGGACUUUUGAUAGCAAAGCAAUUUCUCCUUGCCGGGAUUAAAGGAUUAAAAAGUGAUCGAGAGGUUCGAAUCUCCCACAAAAUUUUGGCGUUGAAUUGCCUGAAGAUGAUCGCUCAAAUGGAUCCCUCAAUCGGAAGAAGUCACGUGCAAUUGGGUGGUUGUGAUCAAACGAUUUCUGAAAUUGCUCGAUUUGUGCUUCAUGAUGACGAUGGUUUGUGUGGUGGAGCGAUCGAUUUCAUCGUUACUUGCGAUCGUCAGGCGCUUCGAAUGGGAAUCGCUUUGACAGACAUGUUCCCUUACUGCGUUCAACGCGUCGAGCACGUUUUUCAACAGAAAAGGAAACGAGCGCUACUCCUCGCGACUAUCGACUCAAUGGAGCUUCUCCUUCACUACGAUCUCUUCUCAAACAUUUGCCGUCUCACCGUUGAAUCUGUGACUGGAUCAUAUAAUUUGUACAAGAACACAUCAGCGCAAUGGAUUUCUUCAAUAAAAUGGUCAAUAUUGGCACCGAAAUUGCGCGAAGAAUGGCAGAAAGUAUGUCUCUCAACCUUUCUACAACUUCUCUUCAUCGGCGAGCCUUCCGUUGAGCAAGAAGUCGCUGAAUUGUUGCCAAGAUUGGUGAAGAAUUCUGAGCUCGGCGCUCUCACAAACGUUUUCCACUUUACACUCCCAGAAAACCACGUCGGCGAAUGUUUUGACGAGAUUCCAGUGGUCCUCGGCCUCCCCUCACCAUAUUCAUUUCGAAACGAGGCCGUCGAUUUCAUUCACGAAGAGAAUCUUGAGUUUAUUCUAUCAGAAAUGUUAAAGAUGGCCUCAAGAAAUAUCACUGAAUCCACGGGUCAAUCCGGAGCCGUCGGUCUUUUGUCACUCGUUGUUGAGAUGGGCGAGUUGAGUGCCGGUUCUUCACAAACGCUCAUCAAAACUUUCGCGGUGGUGUCGAAUUUGUUUGCUGGUCAAAUGGAGGGCCAACUGAUGCGCGUUGUUCAUGAGCAGAUGAUUCCCGAUCGAAAAUCUUUGCCAAAGCAAUUGGACUCACUUCUAACGGAGAGACUCGUUUUGCUGCCAUUGAGAGUGCUCAAUGUCUACUACUCGUUAGUCACCGAGCAUCGAUCCCUUCAAAACCAAUCGUCAACCGGGCUUCUCUCUCGACCGAAUAUCACUCAAAUCAGCAAUAUCAAAACAGCUAGCUCCGCAAGAAUCGCUGACAUCUCUCGCUUGCUUGGAACAAGUAUUCAUCCGACAAAAUCGAGCUCUUUCCUCGAGUCACCCUCUCUAAAGACGAUGUUCCCACAAAUUCGUGGAGCUUAUCUAAACUUUUUGGAGAAAAUCGGCUUCGAACAAGAUCGCCGUUUCAUCGAGCUGUUAUCUUCAGCAUUGGAUUGUCUCUGUGUCCUUCUUGAAAUGGUCACAUAUCAAGCAAUUCGCCCGCUAUUGGAAGAGAUCUUGUUGUACUUAAAGAUCAUUUUCGAAUUGGAUCCCCAUCAUUGUACUCGAGUCUUGCAUCAACUCUUCAAAUUGAUCUUCGGGAAAAAUGCGACAAAUAUCAAUUUGGAAACUCUUCAGCAACUGAAUAUGAAACAUCCAUUGCCUCCAUCGGAUAAACUUGACAUGUACCUUGUUCGCUCGAUCAACGAGUUCACCCUUUUUGCCGCUUUUCUGAACAGAGCCGAAUUUCUCGAUGUUUAUGUCAGAAGACAUGUGGGUUGGUUGAGAGCCGAUCUCCUCUCCAAAGUGCACGUUCCACCGAAUUGGGAGAUCACCUCAGCUCUACUCCUCUUCGAGGAUUCUUGGGUGAUGUGUGAGCUUCCACGAGACGGAGUCAAGUAUGCACUCGCUGAUCCGAAAGCGAAACUUUUCGAGGCAAUUCUGAGUCAAAUCGAUGACAUGAUGUCUUCACAUACAUCAAUGUUGAGACAAGUUUUUCUCUACUUGAUCGUCUUGGUAAAGACGAAUUUUAUCGAUUGGAACCGUUUGGAGGGGAUUUUGGGGUCAAUGAUAGAGAAAAUCACGGAGAACAAUGUGAAACAUGCCCUAUCCGCGCUUGAUGUGGUGAUUUGUGAGGGU